UGAAUCAAAACGGCAGUUGGCAUGCUUGAAACAUCUGGCAGUAGUAGGUCGCAGGGCAUUUCAAACACCUGUCACUUUCGCUGAUGCGUUUUUGUUUCAUCUCAAGUAUUGCUUUGAAUGGCCAAUUCAGAUUUGAUGAGUACCACAAUCUCUGCUCUUGGAUUCACAUUAUUGUUUUUUUUCCCAGUACAUCGUCAAUAGCAAAAUCUCACAUGCUUGAACCAAACAUAAACUAGCGAGGUGCCCCUCACGGGUACCUAGGCUUUUUAAUGUAGGCAUUAGAUUUUUUUUACAUAUUAUUUUUAAAAUUACUUAUUUCUUUGACUUUAAUUGUUUUCUCUUGAUGUUUCCCAAAUACAACUAUGUGCAUAAACUCUAUAUACCAUCAGACAUUUUUUUUUGCUGAAAGAUUUUUCUUGUUUUGUUUUAUUUCACUCAUAUCUAGUGCCCAGUGCCAUUUUAAAAACCCGUCUUAAAAUUAACAUAUCUUAUAAAUAUGUCUUAUAAUAUUAUUAAUUGAAUAUAUUCUAAUUGAAAUAAACUCCAUGUAACAACGUGUAAGUUAAAAUUAGCUAUCCUGACUUUUUAAUAUAUUAAUUGUCAUUUACAUGAUGAAUUAUUUUUUAUAUUGAUGUUAGUGGGUAUGGGAAACCCAUUGGGUACCCGAACCCUGCAUUGGCAUGGGUUUCGAUAAAAUUUUGUACUUAUCAUGGGUAUGGAUUUUUUUAGCGAGUGUAUUUUUUCUUUGUGAGUAUGAGUUUGGGCAAGUAAUACCCGGCAGAUUUUUACCCAUUGUCAUCUCUAGAUCAAUUGUGUCGCCUUUUUCUCCAAUGUCUAACUAUUUGAAAACACUUAUCUAGAUUGGAUCCCCUUCCUAGCUAGGUCAUAUUUGUCGAGUCAACUCCAACGACUAAUUUGGGGUUAGUGUCUAUAAAUACCACUCCCUAAUUAGAGAAUGGUCCCAAAGUUUGGGAGCAUGCUUUUGUAGCAUUAGAGAGCUUGAGAAGCCUAGUGAGAGUUGUCCCAUUCUUGAGCAAGUCAAAGAUCCUUGGUUUGAGAGAAUGGUCCCAAAGAACCCUAUUUUUAAAUGGAUUUCUAUUUUCCCAAGAAAAUUAGUUUGUUUUUUCUUAGAAAAAUAAAAAUCCUUUAGAAAAAUACAGUUCUCAAACUAGCCCUUAACUUUGCUCCUAUGUGACAAAGUAUCACCGACAAGUAUCUAAAGGUGUGGGCUGCUGUGGUGAUUCUGAUAAGAAGAAUUAGUUUUUUUCACUGAAAGAGGAGAGAAGACUCCUUAGGCCUUGUUCAUUUCAAUAGGGAUUGCAGUGGAUUGAGGUGGAUUAAAUCCACUCCUAUUUAAAUUUGAGUAGGAUGGAUUUAAUCCUCUCAAAUCUCUCUCAAUCUAUCUCUAACUGAACAAGUCUUUAGGGUUGAUUUGAUAACAAGGGGAUCACGGGGGGUUGGAGGGGAUUGAGGGGGAAAUUAGUUCCCCCUCAAUUUCCUCCAACCCCUAUGAUCUUUGGUCACCAAAUCAGCCCUUGUGGAAAGGCGAAAAGAUGUUUUGGGUCUGACCAACAGCAGACAUUGUUUGAUCACUGACCGACUUCUAGAAUGGAGAAGUAGGACACCUUAUGGUUUGUCUUGCACUCAUUGGGAUUGCAUAUUCAUACAUGUGAUUUCACUUAUGCUACUCAGAUGUGGUGAUUUGUAAUUGCAUGAAGUAUGCGAAAGUAUUCAUACACUCACAAGAAAGACAUAUUGGCCCAAGUUGCAUCAAUUUAGGUUGUAUUCAGUGGUUAGCGUAAAAUAGGAGACACGAAACUGUAUACGAAAUUGUAUAUGACAUUAUUCGCAGCGUAGAGUUUAAAAUAAGAGAUAAGACAGAGAUCUGCUGGAGAUGGCCUUAGAAAAGGCAAAAAGUUGAAAACAUAUUUGGGUGGUGUCAAUUACGAGAAGUUUUGGUAGGGGUCAAAAGUUCUAACAACCCGGCCAGUCCAUCACAAAACGGCCAGGGUCAAAACUGGCUAGAUGGACACACCAUAUCGGCUAGAUCGAUUUCGUCUCCGUUGCGUUGUACUUCUAGUACAACUUUAAUGUGAUAAUAGUGCUAAAAAAAAUUAGUAGACAUAUUUGCUCUCUAUGCACCGAAGCUCCUUUCAUCUACCAAAGAAUUGAUUGAUCAAAUAAUCUAUAAGAUACUAAACAUUAUUUUUUAUGAUUUUAUCAUAGUUUACAUAGGCCUCUCUCAUACCCUUAGUUAUCUUAAUCUAAUUACUCUAUUAAGAACCUAAUAUUGACACCUGGUUGCUACCACGACUUUACUCUCCUCACGCCUAGCGUCCACACAGCGCGCGUAAAAGAUAGUGCAGAGUGAGCACUCAAACUCACGCCCUUUGCUCCAUAAAUUUAGAAGCUAACCACUAGACCAUACAUACUUUAGUGUUUAGAAAUAAACAAUAAUUAUAUUUACAGUCUACACGUAGCUCUCCUGCCUCGUGGGAACACAUGAGCACAUACUAUGUACUUUUAUAAAGAGUAAAAUACGGUAGCAGUUCUCAAACUUGACACACUUUAUCACUUGAAUCACCGAACUCAGAAAACCAUUAAAACGGGUCCUCUAACUUAGCCGGUUCAUAUAAAAUCGUACAAAACCAUGUUUACUGGAACCAGAUGCCGACGUUCUAUGCCAUGUUAUUUAACACACUAAUCAAAUUUUAGAGUCCCAAUUGACACAUUAUGUUAAGCCAAAUGACACAUUAUGUUAAGUUUUGAGAUCCAAGUAACACAACAUCAUGUAAGUGACAUAUCCUUUCAUUUAUUAUGAAAAGAAUUUGGAUAUACCAAAGAAACGAAAAACUAGCCAUUGAGUGGGAACGAAAAAAGACGGACGGGAGAUAGACUGUUAAGAAAAAAUAAGGAAAAACGGGAAAGCAAAGAAAAACCGGGAAAAAGGUCACGAAAGGGGAAAAGGGAAAAAGGUUAAAACGGUCACGAAAAGGGAUUUGGAGAAAAGAUUUACAACUUUUUAAGAACACUGUCGUCACGUUAUAGAGCUUAUGAAAGUCCACGUCGAUCAUGGAAACACUUUUAUCAAGUGUAAACUAACAUGUUAUCUUUUGUGCAGACCAUGCUAAGCAGUAAGCACGGAAUCAAACGACAAGCUGAGUGCAAGAAGUACCUGCAACACUGGGUUCCUGUGUAGCGCCUUCCUGCCGCGCGGUCGCCCUGCAGCAACCGAGUGCCCUCUGCGCGGGGGCGACGGAGGCCUUGAGGGGGACCCUGCCGUUCUUCACCCCCGCCGCCGCGGCGUCCAAGGCAUGGAGCCUCGUGGCGGAGGAAGGCGGGAAGCUGCACGCCAUGGAGUUGAUGGAUCGACGCGCUGAUGGCGCGAGCGCAGGUUGCCACGAAGGUAGGUAAGGAUACAGAGCAACAACCGAAGAACGCCGAAGAGAGUAGGGAGAGUAUUUAGUUCCUCGUGUGCUAUAUCAAAUCAAUUCCCCAUUUUCUAGCGUCAACGGUGGCGCCGCCUGUCUCCGCCACAGAAAAUACCGUGACCGGCGAGCGGAGAGUUGGCGCGGCCGCGGCGCACCACAUGUUCGACCUUCCUUGGGAUCUAGCGGACGGCGGGGCCACAAAAUAUUUCUUUUCUGGAACGACCACCGGCCUUCUCGAUUGGACGCCGCGUCGCGUGGGCCUAAAAUCAACAGAAAAGGGAGCGGCCCAACUAAUAUUUGGUCGCCGCUCGCUCGCUCGCUCUAGGACGUCGGAAGCCACCAGCCCAGCCCAUACCGACUUUUCUUCUCCCCCCUUCCCCCCCCCCCCCCCCCCCCCCCACCGGCGAGCCGACGAACCCACCCUCGUGGCACGUACGGCACCGCCGCGAUGUCGUUGCCGGCAGCGACCGCGCCGUCCUCUUCGGGGGCGACGCAGCCCACGGAGCAGCAGGGAGGCUCGAGGGAGCGGCGGGUGGAGUCGCUGGGAUGGCUGACGGAGUCGGCGGUGAUGCCGAAGAAGCACAAGGCCAUCGAGGGGGUCGGCGCCGCUUCGAUCCUCGACCUCAAGGCCCAGCUCUACCGCACCCAGGAGGAGGCCCGAAACCCCACAGCCCCCGGCGCCGCUGCUUCCGGCGGGGAGUUCCGCCGCGCAAAGAUACGCUCCGCACCCACCGACCCUCUCGGGGCCAAGAACUCCGGCGUUGAAUCCCGGGCCCACAAGGAUAAGCUGGAGCUUAAAGCCGUGAAAGACGGUUCUGCAAGCUAUGCUGCUCUAGAAAAGAAAGCAGAGUUGUAUGAAAAAUUAUACAGAGGCGAGCUACCUGACGAAGAAGACAAAGAGAAAUACUGUGUGGAUUUCUUCCAAAAAAGUUCCGAUCGUAUCUAUGAGCCUCAGAUGCCAGAGAUUAGCCACAGAGCCACUGAUGCUGCAGAGCCGGUAAAUGAUCAUGAAGAUUCUAUGCCUAAUGCGAAACCGUUGGGGCUUGGCCGAGCAGGCACUACAAUCGACAGAGAUGAGCACAAGCGCUUUGUGAGGGAAGUUCAUGAGGAAGUAACUGAGGCAAGGCAGAAGGCCUCAACAGUAAGAUCUCGACGACAAGAGCAGGAUGCUGCUCGUAGAGAGAAACUCAGGCAAGCUUACCUGAAGAAACGGUUGGAAAAGUUGAUUGCUGAAAAACAGGCCUCUUCAGCCAGUGAUGACCUACCCAGCUAGCUAGUAUAUGUGCUUGCAUGUCCUUCCCAAGUAGCAGUCUAGCAGCUGUAAUGGUCUGUUUUCAUGCAUUCUCAUGGAACGCUUACUGUAAAGUCUCUUUUGACCCAGUACAGUCAUAUUCAAGAUAUAGCGUUUGCAAGUACUGCCGGUGUUGCAGAAUAUUGUUGUACACAAAUCUAGAUAAUGCCACAAUGAUUUUACACUA